AUCGAUUCACGCUACGUCACCGCUGAUAAUCACCAGCAAUUGGCCGAGACAAGCGGCAGGCGUCUGCUAUGACAGUCGACUCAGCGGCGUUCGACACGGCGAUCAGCAGACACCGCAAUGUCCUCGUCUUCCCAAGCUCAGCUGGACGCAACAGCUGUAGAGAACUUUUGCGAGUACCUGCGGAUACCCUCGGUCCAGCCCAACAUUAACUAUGAUGAUUGUGUGGCAUUCUUGCAGAAGCAGGCCACAUCUCUUGAUUUACCUGUCAAGAUAUACAAUGUUCAUCCUAAGAAACCAAUUGUGGUUCUCACAUGGAUAGGAACAGAUCCAUCUAAACCAGCUAUUUUAUUAAAUAGUCACAUGGAUGUUGUACCUGUUUUUGAAGACAAAUGGACUUAUCCACCUUUCAGUGCUCACAUGGAUGAGAAAGGAAACAUUUAUGCUCGAGGUAGCCAAGACAUGAAAUGCGUAGGAAUACAAUAUUUGGAAGCAAUUCGUCGUCUGAAACUUGCUGGGCAAUGCUUGGAAAGAACAAUUCACAUUUCCUUUGUACCUGAUGAGGAAAUAGGAGGAAUCCUUGGCAUGAAGGAUUUUGUGCACACCAAAGAUUUUCAAGCUUUAAAUGUUGGUUUUGCACUGGAUGAAGGUGUAGCUUCACCAGAAGAAUGCUUUUAUAUGUUUUAUGGUGAGAGAUCCAUUUGGCAUGUUGCAAUAGAGUGUGCAGGCACUCCUGGCCAUGGAUCUCUUCUAAUAGAUAAUACAGCUGGUGAAAAGAUAAGAUUCAUCAUUGACCGUUUUAUGGAUUUGAGAGCUAAAGAGAAAGAAAAGUUGAAGAAUCCAAAGAUACAGCUUGGUGAUGUUACAAGCAUUAACUUAACACAACUAAAGGGUGGUAUUCAAACAAACGUAGUACCUACUUCAUUAACAGCAAUUUUCGACAUGCGGCUUGAUCCUUCCGUCGAUCAUAAUGAGUUUGAAGCUAUGAUAAAGAAAUGGUGCCAAAAAGCUGGCUCUGAUGUUACAUAUUCAUUUGAGCAAAAAAAUCCUAAGAUCGAAAACACAAAGUUAGAUGAUUCUAAUCCCUUUUGGAUUGCUUUUAAGAAGACUUGCGAUGAUCUUGGAAUAAAUUUACAAAUAGGAAUCUUUCCAGGUGGAACGGACAGUCGAUAUGUAAGACAGGUUGGAAUUCCUGCCAUCGGUUUUUCGCCUAUGAACAAAACGAAAAUACUCCUUCACGACCAUGAUGAAUAUUUGAACGAAGAUAUAUUUUUAAAAGGCAUUGAAAUAUACAUGAAAAUAAUACCAGCAGUAGCGAAUGUCUAAGCACAUGAAAUGAAGCUUUUAAUAGUAUCUUACAACUGUCUCGACUAACAAACCAAAGCUAAAUACCAAAGUUAAUAUUAAUAGCAUCAGAAGAAUCAAAAAGAAACGAAGAAGAAAGUUUAAAUGGGAAGGUAUAAUUACCACAACCUUAAAAGAUUAAUGUAGCAAACUGAUCAAAAGAUAGUGCAAUAACAUAUAAAUUUUUAAGAAACUAUAUAGAUUUCAAAGUUAAU